GUGAGGAACGCGGCUGACCGUACAACAGCGGCAGCACGGCAGCAGAUCAGCGGUAGCUCGGCGGAGCCCCGUCGAAGGGGCGGCUGUCAUCGUCUACGCGAACGCUUCGUCAACUCGGCGUUGCCCGCGGGUCGCCGGGCGCGCUACGCGAGAUUGUGCGGCCGUGCGCAAGCGACACAGUUUCGCAACGGCGCGCUGUCCCGUUGGGCUCGCCUUCUCACGCUGCCGGUUGCGCAGGCGUGCUGCUCGGCGGAGGCGACGCUGCGUGACGAGAAGGCGCUGCACGCCGUGACGCGCCAGGAGCUGGGCCGGGUGCUGGACCGGCUCAGGUUCUACACGGGCUCCAGGACCGCCGUCUCCUCCUCAUCGUCGGCGGCGCUCAAAGACUACAGGGCACUGCGGAAUUCAAAGAACACGUCGCAGAAUCCAUGCCUGAGCUCGGUGCAAUGGAACCGGACAUUCCGCAAGAACAGAGCCGGCGUCAAAGUGUGCGAAUCAAAAUGCCAGCACGUUAUCAGCAUCCAGCAGACACGGGGCGCUCACAACUCGGACAUUGGCGUCCAGGUCAACCUCCUCGCGAGGUCAAUCGAUGAUCGGCCAAAGCUGUCAGCCAAGAUGCGGUACGGCAUAGCGGCGGUGUUCCAGGACAAGUCGUCCUGCAAGACUCUUCCGGCAAACGCCGGCCGGGGCACGCGCAUCAGCAAGCCCCUGCGCGGCGUGAUCACGGAGCGCGAGGCUGCGCUGGGCAUCCUGAGCCGCGAGGUGAAGUUGCUCCAGGAGGAGCGGGACCACCUGCAGGAGCUGCUGCAGCACUCGCUCCAGGGCUUGGUGCCGCAGCACGCCGCGCACGUCGCCAGGGGCCUGCAGGAGCAGAUCGAAACGCUGAAGGCCGAGAAUCAGCGGCUGCUGGACAGCUACAACGCCGAGAGGGUGCUGAGGAAAAAGUACUACAACAUGGUUGAAGACAUGAAAGGAAAAAUACGGGUCUGCUGUCGCGUGAAACCUCUCACAACAGAUCAACAGAACAAGGACGCGCUCAGCGUGAUUGAUGCCACGGACGACUACACGCUAGUUGUGCACGCACCGCGAGGGGACAAGGAGUUCACGUUCGACAGGGUGUUUAUGCCGCACCACACGCAAGAAGACGUCUUUGGAGAAACAAACAGCUUGGUGCAGAGUGCUAUGGAUGGCUACAACGUGUGCAUCUUCGCCUACGGCCAGACGGGCUCGGGCAAGACGUACACGCUCACCGGAGUCUCCAACACCGAGCAGCUACAGGCCGAAGGCAUCGCACCGCGUGCCUUCCGCAGGAUGUUCGAGCUCGUCAAGGAGAACGAAAUGAAGCAGUCGUUUGUGGUGACAGCGACAUUCGUCGAACUCUACAACGAGCGCUUUGUGGACCUGCUCAAGGCGAACAGCAAUCCGGAGGAAAAGCUCGAGGUUCGCAAGGACUCGAGCGGCCACACGUUCGUGCCUGGUGUGACGACGGAGGAGGUGUCCAACUCGGCGCAGCUGUGCGAGUGCUUCGCGCGCGCGCUGAGGAACAGACGCGUCGCUUGCACACGCAUGAACGCCCAAAGUUCGCGGUCGCACUUCGUCGCUACGGUCGAGAUCACCAGCACCAACCGCCUGAACGGAGCCGUUCUUAGGGGAAAGCUAAGUCUCGUUGACCUUGCCGGCAGUGAAAGACUGGAUAAGAGUGGCCUUGAAGGACAGCACAUAAAGGAGACAAACAGCAUCAACAAGUCGCUCUCAGCACUCGGAGACGUGAUCCAGGCCUUGGUGACGCAGCAGUCGCACGUGCCGUACCGCAACAACAAGCUGACCAUGCUCAUGCAGGACUCCCUGGGCGGCACCGCCAAAACGCUCAUGUUCGUCAAUGUCUCACCCAGUAGCGAACACGUCGAGGAGACCGUCAACUCGCUGGUAUACGCUACGCGCGUGAGACAAAUCACUAACGACGUAGUAAGGGCAUCUGAAACAAAAGAAAUCGCCAAGCUUAAAUCUGUGAUUGCCAAACUGAAAAAGGAAAUAUCGCCUUGAAGAACGGUGCACUCUAGCAGUGCAAGCUGCAUUGUAAUGGGUGCAUCAUGAAGAAAAACAGCCAGGGGCUGCAUUUCAAAAACAAGCUACAAACAUCAUCAAGUGCUUGUGCACAUGGCGCAACUCUUCCAUCUUAGACUUCAGUGACAUCAUCGUGACCACACUUCGGCCAGUCAGAUAACGCCAUUUAGAAAACAUCAAGUUCACGCUAUAUUGUUCCAUUCAACGUAGAGCAUCGCACCCGACGGGGCCUUUGUCACUUUUCGCUUUUGCCACUUCGAGGUGCUCUAGAGGUCUGCCUCAGUAAAUGAGGUGCAUGAUUUUAGUGCUCACUUGUAACAUUCAAAACCCUCCUUUUCCUUCACUUUUAGAACUCAAGCAUUUGUCUCGUGGAUAAAAUCUUGAAGGUCUUUAAGCGUCUUGCCUGCGCACAUGAGAAUAUCUUGCUUUUGAAAAUGACAUUUAAGAAAAAUAUAUUGUUUAAUAAACAGCCGUUCUUGCAGUGAGCGUGAACUGAGCACAAGAGUUGGGGAUCGUAAUAAGCACAGAUCUUCCUUCCUCUUAGGCACUUUGUUCCGCAGUUCUUAUUUAUUGCAUCUGUAAUUUCGCAGUAGUUUGCAAGCUGUAGAAUGACAGAUGACAAUAUGAUCUCAGGUCCACAAUAAUACUUCGCGUUAGAUGUUACAAAUCUGUAGUCAUAUUAAAAUGUGAUCGCAAUUCC